AUGGAUGUUGUGGAGAUGGAUUUUGAUACGGCCUUGAGGGAAGUUCUGAAGAAUGCUAUUGCCUCCAAUGGCCUUGUCCGUGGUCUUCACGAAUGUGCUAAAGCUAUUGAGCAACGUAAGGCAAUAGUUUGUUUCUUGGCCGAGAGCUGUGACGAGGUUAACUACACGGAUAUCAUCGAGGCUCUCUGCCGCGUGCACGAAAUUCCGCUGAUUAAGGUACCUGAUGGCAAGCAGCUUGGUGAAAUGGCCGGUCUUUGUAAGUUGGAUCGUAAAGGAUGUCCUCGUAAAAUUGUGUCCGCCUCCUGUAUCGUAGUGAAGGACAUUGGAGAAGAAAGCCGGGGAUGGAAGUUCUUUGUUGAGAAGCAUAAGAUCCCUGUGGCAGCUCGUUAA